UCAAAUUCAGAGUUUUAAGAAAAGGGUUUCUCAAAAAGGAAUUCAAACAGAGUUUUCUGAAAAAGCUUUCGAAAUCUUUUGAAAAAGCCUCUUUUGACAAGAUUCGCGAAUAAUCUCUCUAUAUUGACUGAUGGGGGAUUGCUGGAGGUUCUUUAGGGUGUCUGGACUACGACCACCUCAAAUUUCAAAUGAGUACUUCACCAUGGAGAUACACCAUGGAGGUUAUUUCGACAAGAUGCCCGAUGGGACAAAGAAGUAUAAAAUAGCUAAGUUCAAUAAGUUGGGUGGAGUCUUGUAUUAUGAUGGAUUGGAUCCUGAGAAGCUUACAUGGGUAGAGCUCGACAACAUUGCAUGGGAAUUAGGAUACAGAGAGAAACCAAUAUCCUAUUGCUACAAGCUGCCGGGGACAUUAAGCUGUGAGGGAUGGAUUCCUGUGAAGAAUGAUGCCGAUGCUGCAGAGAUGACAAAGCAAAUAUCAAAUAAGAAAAGACAAAUCAGCUUGUAUAUCACUGGCGGUGGCAGAAGGAAGAAAAAGGAGGCUGAGUUGGAUGAUGUAGUGCCAAGGCCUUCUAAUUGGCAUAAUCCUUUGAAUAAUGUGCUGCCAGCAGAGAAAAUAAAUAUUGAUGUGUCUGCUAAUUUGGUGGCUAGCCAAAUAAAUAGGUUAUACAUGGAAAAGGUUGUAGGGGUUGGUGUAAGAAGUAGUGUAAAUGGCAGGAGGGAUGAUUUGAUAAUUAAUGACAAUGGUGUAAAUGAGGGUGUGCUUGGUGAAGGGUUGAAUGUAGUAAAGAAUGAUAGUGAGGUGGGUAGAGAUUUGUCUGAAGUAGUAAAUGAAGGUAGUGUGGUGGAGAAUGCAGUCAAAGUUGGAAAUGAAGAUGAAGAAGGGCAUGAAGGUAACUUAAAUACAUUUAAUGUUGCUGUGAGAAGGCCUACAUUCAAAAAGAGUGCAACCAGACAAGAAAAAGGCAAAGCUGCAAUCAUUGAAGCACCAUUGGAGGCUAGUGGAUUUAAGAAGAAAGGUAGACAAGUUAAGGGUUCAAAGUAUAAAACAAGAAACGAAGGAAAAAAGAAGUAUGACAAGGUAGAUUCUGAUUAUGGUAGUGGGGGUUCAGAUUUUUUUAUCGAUAGUGAUUAUGAGCAAGACCAAAAAGAUGAUGAUGUUGAUUUUGAAGAGAAUGUUGCAAACCCAGAAAGAGUGGAGGAGUAUGAUGAGAUGGGCUACAAUGGUUUGUGUUCUGAUGAUGAAAGAGAAUCCCAUGUGUUCAUGCUAUAUGUGCAAUUUUUAAGAAGAAAGAGAAUCCUGCAUUAUAUGUUGACGAAUUCCUUCACCCAUAAAAGUAUUUGGAUUCCUACAAUCCAAUCAUUUUUCCCAUUGCUGGUGAUGAUGACUGGGAGCAAGUUGAUUAUCCAAUUGCUCCUCCACUUUAUAGGAGGCAAGCAGGUCGACCUAAGAUGAAGAGGAACAAAGAGCCUGGUGAGAAAUUGGCACCUCCUGCGCCUGAAUCUGAUGGCACCAUUAGAAUGCCUAAAAGCCAAUAUGGGACGAAGAUGACAUGCACAAUAUGUAACCAGAAGGGUUGUCCAACAAAAAUGUCUAAAUCUGUAAGAAGGUAUCUGAGCCUCAAAGUUUAUGUAGGGUGAAGGUAGCUCAAGGGAUGGCCAAGCAAGAAAGAGGCAGAAUAAUGAUCAACAGGCCAAGAGAGCAGCUGCUCCAAAGAGGUCUAAGAAUGCCAUUCCUCAGGUCAUCACAUCAAAAAUGACAUACAAAAAAAGAAAAGCAGCUGAGGAAGCAUCAUCGUCACAUGCUGUGCAACCAAAUUCAAAAGCUAGAAGGCAACCAAGUUCAAAAGCUAGAAGGCCAGCAAGUUCAGAAGGUAGGAAGCAACCAAGUUCACAAAGAAGGAAGAAACCAAGUACACAAGCCACUCAACAGCCAAAUUCACAAGUUAUGGAGCAGUGCCAGACUUCACAGAUUACUCAACAGAGCCAGACAUCCUCUGAAUGGGCAGGCUUUUGAAGAUGUUAAAAUAUGUGCUAUGCAACCAGCUGACUUUUAAGCAGACAUUAUUUGCGCUUAACUUUUGAGUUUUGUUGUCAGCUUCAUCUUAAUUGUUCUAGUAUUUAAGUACAUAAUAUUAAUUGGUGCUAGCUUUUGUGUUUGGAUUUAGAUUAACUAGAGAUCUGAUCUAAGGAUGAUGCACAUACAAUGCUUUUGAAUUAGAUGAAUGGAUGAUGCACAUUCAGUGCUUUUGAACA